CUCCCCCAGUCGAACUCCGCCGCGACCCUUCCGCGCUUCUUCGCGGCGCCGAUAGCGUCGGCCCCGCACCCCCGCGGCGCUCGGAUGCUGGAACGGAAGUUGCUGGGGCGGCCGAAUCUUCCAGUGGAGCCUGGUCUCGACGUCCUUGAUGAAGCUGGACGUGUGCCUGCCCUGCGAAAGCGCAAACCGUCGCGAUAAGUAUGUAAGAAACGGCUGACGGUUCACUUCGGUAUAAGGGAAUCUCUCGCUCUCAUAUCAGCUCACAUUUGAGCUGAUCGGAAGGCUCUGGUGUUGAUAGUGGACCGUGACGCCGCCUUCGAGUUUCUGUUAGGGGCGAAGUGAGAGAGAGAGCAUUGUGCGCGAGAGCAGAAGUAGGUAUGGCGUUGAAGGUUGCAUCACUGGAGGCGGCUGUUAUGGCUAGUCUAGCGCCCGCGGCGUCCACUUCGGCGUCUCUGUCACGCCAAUCGAUUGUUUCAGGGUUGGCUUUUAGAGGGCAGAAUGGGUUUCAACUCGGAGGAUUGUCCUCCGCCGGGGUUUCGUCGCGAAGCCUGGCGUUGGGCGGUAAGAAGAUCGAACUCGACAUCGCUCAGCCUCGCAGAAUGCUGCCCGUUUCAGCAACUGCUGUGGUUUCUGAGUCUGUGCAAAGCACCGUUGAUAUCCCCAAGCUGGCGGAGAAAUUAGACUCCGCAUCUCCUCUAGAGAUUAUGGACAAAGCUCUUUCACUAUUCGGUGACGACAUUGCCAUCGCGUUCAGUGGAGCUGAAGACGUAGCGUUGAUCGAGUACGCACACCUUACAGGCCGCCCCUUCAGGGUAUUCAGCUUGGAGACUGGAAGGCUGAACCCCGAAACCUUGAAAUUGUUUGACGACGUGGAGAAGCGCUACAACAUUCGCAUUCAAUACAUGUACCCUGACGCCGCAGAGGUUGAGGAGCUUACGCGGACUAAGGGCUUGUUCUCCUUCUAUGAGGACGGGCACCAAGAGUGCUGUAGGGUGCGGAAAGUGAGGCCUCUUCGUCGGGCUCUCAAGGGAUUGAAGGCAUGGAUCACUGGACAACGUAAAGACCAAUCCCCCGGAACGCGUGCCAACGUUCCCGUUGUACAGGUGGAUCCUGCUUUUGAGGGCCUGGAUGGCGGUCCUGGAAGCCUUGUGAAGUGGAACCCGCUGUCAAAUGUUUCGGGAACUGCCGUAUGGUCGUUCCUGCGCACCAUGGAUGUCCCUGUCAACGCCCUGCACUUCAAGGGUUACGUAUCAAUUGGGUGCGAGCCAUGCACAAGGGCUGUACUGCCAGGGCAACAUGAAAGAGAAGGCAGAUGGUGGUGGGAGGAUGCAAAGGCCAAGGAAUGUGGUCUUCACAAGGGUAACCUUGAUGGUGUUGCCGAGUCCUCCAACUCUCUCGGAGAGAAAACUGAAGUUGCCGAUCUUUUCAUUAGCGAGAAUGUGGUGACAUUCGGACGGGAGGAUAUGGAAGCCUUGGUGAAAGGAGAGAACCGUGACAAGUCAUCACUAGUUGUGUUGUAUGCGCCUUGGUGCUCCUUCUCUCAGGCAAUGGACGAGUCCUACAACGACGUGGCAGAAAAGUUGGCGGGAUCUAAUGUUGUGGUCGGCAAGUUCAAUGCUGAUGGAGCUCAGAAAGCCUACGCAAAGGAGAACCUGCAGCUGCAAAGCUACCCAACCGUCCUCUUCCUCCCUAAGAACAGUAGCCAAAUUAUCAAGUACCCAUCUGAAAACCGCGAGGUAGAUGCUUUGCUUGGGUUUGUGCAAGCAUUGCAAUAACUUUGGUUCUCCAACAUUGCAGUACUGUACACUAGUAGGUAGUGGUGAACACCGUUUUGAAGGUGACGCCGCUCGUUUAUUGCUGUUGCACCGAGCAUGCAUAUUCCGAUGACCAGGGGUUCCUUUUAGGGACAGAUCUAAUGCAAAUGCUGAGACCAUUUUUUUCCUA